UUUUUAUAAUGUUACAUUUGAUAUCAAUUCAAAACUUUAGGUUUUCGAAUUUGGACGUGCCAACUGUUCCUGAAUUUCUUAAGAUUCGCUAUGCAUUUGAGCUAUUGACUAAUCCAUUAUGGAAGAGGGAUUAUGACCUUUUUGCUAUUGAUGAGCAGCUGCCAGUUAUGAAUGAGGCCAUCAGAAGAUAUGCGGGGAAAGACUACUCAAAAAUCGAUCUCCCAUUACUAGAUGCAACUCCACGUGACUUGAUGAAUCAAGAUUUUAAUGUCCUGACAUUUGAAGAAUUUACGUCCUUCGUUGGAGGAUCAAAAGCAGUGUUGAUACAGGUUUUUUCAUUUGGAAGUCAUCACUGUGCGAAAUUUAUCAAGAGCUGGAAGAGAAUAGCUACUUUGCUGGACGGGGUUGCAGACUCUGGCUUGGUGGAACUUCAACAUGUGCAACUUGCAACUUUCCUUGCUGAGCGAAACUCUAUGAAGCAACCAAUUUUCCGAAAUGGUUUACCUGCUCUUGUUGCAUUUCCCCCUAAUUGUGCCAAUUCCGAUUGUUAUACAAGAUACAGUGGAGAUUUGUCAGUUGAUGCGAUUGUUGAUUGGUUGGCUACAACUGUACUUGAGUUGCCUCGGAUUUUGUAUUAUUCAAAAGAAUCUCUGGUUCAAAAGUUUUUUGCAACUAGUGGCAGCCACAAGGUAAAGGUUAUUAUCUUCUCAAAAACCGGAGAACGUGCUGUUCCAUUCCUACGUCAAGCUGCGAAGGACUAUUCAUCAUUUGCAUCAUUUGCGGCUGUUUUAUGGAAGGAAGAUGAGUCCUCUAUUUGGUGGAACAUGUUUCAAGUGGAUUCAGCUCCUGCUAUUGUGUUCGUAAAGGAUCCUAGUGUCAUUCCUCUUGUUCAUCAUGGUAGUCUGAAUAGUUCCCUGUUUUUUGAACUAAUGGAGAAAAACAAAAAUCAAGAACUCCCCCAAUUAAGAAGCGCAAAUUCCAUGGAGUUAGGUUGUGAUGCUAAAGGUUUUUCUCGUGCUGGAAAUUAUGCUGAAACUUGGUAUUGUGCAAUUGUUGCUGGUCGUCCUGGCCUUGCACUAAACAAAAUGAGAGAAGCCAUGCGCAGGAUCCAGAAUAUAUUAAUAGAUGAUUUUGGCUCCAAUGGAGAGAAAACUUCCAUUAAAACUCCUGUAGCUGCUGCAGUAUUUAAAGAGAAACGACUUACAUUUGCAUGGCUAGAUGGGGGAGUUCAGAAGGUUUAUUGUUUGUUUUAUCUGCAUAAACUUGAGAACAUCUAUGAAACAUGCGGGCCCAGUGAUUAUGAUUCUAACAAUAUGCCUCGGCUAUUUAUUGUCCGUUACAAAAGAAAUUCGUCUGAGGAUGAAGCAAGGACUAAGAGAAAGCCCAACAAUAUUUGGAAUGCAUUUGAUGGGGAGGAUUCCAAUCUUGCAUCUCAGAUAGUUGCUAUAUAUAAUGGCUCAAUGGAUACUCAAGAGGUCAUUCAAUGGUUAUCAUGGAUUGUAGAGGAUGGCGAUAAGAAUACCAGUCAUCCUUAUUUUAUUGGAGCAGCUCCUUCACUUGUUCCAGAGGAUUCAACUACAUUUGUUUCAAAGAGUGCCCAGAAUAUAUUCUCCACUGGCAAGGGAAUAAAAACUAGUAUUCAUGGCGUUAUUAUUGGCAUCCGUGAUUACCUGAGAGAUCCCAGAAUCGGUCCAGUUUUAAUUUUGUUAGCUUGCGUAUCAUUUGGAACCAUUUGGAUGCAGUCGAACACUCUGCCAGCACAGCCUACUAAAGUGGAAGAUGAUGGUACAGAUGCAGCAAGAAAUCUGAGUAAUCGUAGAAGGAAAGGAUCGGGUCACAAUAUCACACCAUCCAUUACUGAUGCAGAACCCAAAGAUGCUCAGCAACUGUUAUCAGAUUCCAAUUCGGACUAGCCACUGCAGACAGGUCAAGUCGCUGAUUCAUCAUCAGCUAUCGGCUUUGAGUAAUCCAUACUUAAAAGAAUGAAUUUAGCUCAUUGGAAAGGAACGGUGCUAAAGGUUGUCAAGCUUUGAAGAUUUCCGAAUAUUUAAACCUUCCUAUAAAAUAUUUGAGAUGUUAUGUUUAUUAAAGCAUAAAUGAGAAUGUCGCGGUGUUGAAUCAACCCGCUUAUACUAACUAAUACAAGGGGUGUUUUAUUUCCCGCUAAACUAUAGAACCGAUUAUCUGAUCCGAGUUUUUAGUUUUGAAAUA